UUACAACCAGCCAGUACACUCGGUUUGAGUUGCUGACAAGCUUGCUUUCAUGGCCAAACCAGUUUCAGUUGAAGUGUACAACCCAAAUGGGAAGUACAGAGUUGUCAGCACAAAACUCAUGCCUGGAACUCGCUGGAUCAAUCUCUUAAUUGAACAAGACUGUAGAGUUGAAAUAUGCACCCAGAAGAAAACUAUUCUGUCUGUUGAGGAUAUUAUUGCUCUUAUUGGUAACAAGUGUGAUGGAGUAAUUGGGCAGUUGACUGAAGACUGGGGUGAGACUUUGUUCUCAGCUCUGAGCAGAGCUGGAGGUAAAGCUUUCAGUAACAUGGCUGUUGGGUAUAACAAUGUUGAUGUCAAUGCUGCUAACAAGUAUGGAGUUGCUGUUGGAAACACUCCUGGAGUACUUACAGAAACUACAGCAGAGCUAGCAGCUUCACUCUCAGUAUCUGCUGCUAGGAGAAUAGUGGAAGCAGAUGAGUUUAUGAGGGCAGGUUUAUAUGAUGGAUGGCUUCCCAAUCUGUUUGUGGGAAACUUGCUAAAAGGGCAGACUGUUGGUGUUAUUGGAGCUGGUCGUAUAGGGUCUGCAUAUGCUAGAAUGAUGGUUGAAGGUUUCAAGAUGAACCUAAUUUACUAUGAUCUCUACCAGGCUACACGACUAGAAAAGUUUGUUACAGCUUAUGGUCAGUUCCUACAAGCCAAUGGUGAAACUCCUGUGACUUGGAAAAGAGCAGCAAGCAUGGAUGAGGUGCUCCGAGAAGCAGAUGUGAUAAGCCUUCACCCAAUUCUCGAUAAAACAACUUAUCAUCUGAUCAACAAAGAAAGAUUAGCAACGAUGAAGAAGGAAGCAGUCCUGGUUAACUGUAGCAGAGGGCCUGUGGUUGACGAGGUCGCUCUUGUGGAGCAUUUGAAACAGAAUCCCAUGUUUCGAGUUGGUCUUGAUGUCUUUGAGGAUGAGCCCUACAUGAAACCUGGGCUUGCCGACAUGAAGAAUGCUAUCGUGGUUCCUCACAUUGCUUCAGCUUCUAAGUGGACUCGAGAAGGAAUGGCAACAUUGGCUGCUCUCAACGUCCUGGGGAAAAUCAAAGGAUAUCCAGUUUGGUCUGAUCCGAACCGGGUAGAACCAUUCCUGAACGAGAAUGCUCCACCACCAGCUGCCAGUCCUAGCAUUGUUAACGCCAAGGCCUUAGGAUUACCAGUUUCAAGGCUUUGAACAUUGAUGUAGAGGGCCACAUUUUGAACCUUCCUGGUGCAAAUGGAGUAAUUGUUAUGCAUGGAAACCAGGCUCUAGGUACUGCAUUUAUCUGAAGUUCUAACAAAAGUUGUAUAUUUGAAAGAUAUAAACGUGUAUCUACGAUGUUGUCUUAUAAAUACUGGUUUCAUAAUCCUGUUAUAUAUAAGAGGCUGUUUAUAUAUGUUUCAA